UUGAGAGUAAUUUGCAUAAAUUAAUUUCAAUUUUAAUUUUAAUGUAAUGAAAUGAGCUCAAAAACAUUCUUAUAUAAAAUCAUAAAUGUACAGGAAAGAUUUGUAUAAUUAAAUGGUUUAUAAUUGAUCUUCUUCAAUUCAAUCAGUUUGAUUAAAUAUCUACCUGACUGCAAUUAAGGUUUAGGAGAUUAAACAACGGAAUUCAUAAAUGCGGAAUAAUUGAAUCAAUUUUCUACCGGAUAAUAAUCCUGUUGGCCAGUCUACGUCACGUUGAAAUUAACGUUUAGGAACUCGACUGUAUAGUGCCCACGUUAUCGCUUAAUUAUAAUCUCCCAAACGUUGAAAUGUAAUUAACGGAUUCUCCGAGCAUUCCUCCCUCUCCCCAACCCUUUCUCUCUCUUUAUAUUUCUAUCUCUUUCUGUUCUCCCUUUUCGAAAGUGACAACCUUAUCGGAGAAAGCUUCCGAUACAGAAAGGCUUGAUGGUUGGUACACGAGUAAUAAAAGCCGCUGGUCAUUGACAAACGCGGAUAACGAACGGCUCGCAUGCUCGUGUAGGAAAUACUCUCGGUUAUCAGCGAAACGACUUAAGUAUUCGUCGAAAUGCACGAACAAUCAUCGCCGAACCAUUCACGCGCGCGCGCGCGUGCCCCCGGUAAAAUGUAAAAUGUAAAAACUUUCUCGCGUCGCGCUAAGACGGUAUUUUUUAUUGCGCUGCGCAUUCGAAAUUGUACGGCAAGUGCGAUUCGCGAAAACACGAAAUCUUCUCACAUCCGUGGAAUUAUAAAAAUACGUACGAUAUAAUGAGAGUGAUAAAUUAUAUACCGCUACGCGAAUAUCGCAUAUAAUUUUAUAUGCGAAAAAGACUCGGCGCGUCUAAAACGCAUAACAAGAGAAGGAUAAAAUAAGAGUUAACUCUGAAUAAAUAUUACCAGAACUGUCAUCGCACGCAUAUCUCGCGUAUACUAUAAAAUCGGACGAUAGCCUGUAAUUGAAUUUAUUUAUUAUCAAGAAUUUAUUAUCAAGGGGGGGGGCCUCUUGAUUGGCCAUAAAUAUCGCUCCGUUAUCCCUUUACGCUUUUGAUCUGACACUCCGUAAACAUUUCCAUUCGCAUUCGUGCCGGAAGCCAUUGAUUAAGAUACGCGCAAAUUAUAAACGCCAUAAAAUUCCUAUUAAUCCCUCGUUCGAGCUACGAAUAUCCGUUCGCACGAAUAACAUCGAAGAAUGAGGCGUGGGGUAUAAAAAUCCGACGGGAUAGUUCAGCGCAUUUGCGGGGCAGAGGGGGGGGGGGGGGAGAGGUCUCAUCGACGUCGAUGUCUUUUCUCGCAGAGACGAGCUCGUCGUUAUUAGACCAUAUCUCAUAACAUUCUUUAUAUAUAUAGAAGCAUGUAUUUUCGCGAGAUAACGCGCUCGAGAUCCUUCGUUAUUACGACGCUACGCAUAAAAUGUCCGUCUCGCGCGCGCGUUGGUUCUCUUUCGGUGACCUCGGGCAGCAUCGUGUUCGGCAAGCAAACGGAAAAAACUUUGGAUACACUAUAUUUUAUUUCGCCCCGUCCCGAAAUCACUUAAUUUACAGCAUGGAUUACGCGCGUGCACUCGUACGCGCCGCGCGGCAUUAAACGUGAUAUACUCGCAGUUGCGUGCCUUUUAUUUUCCUCCACGGCUAACGCGCGCUGCACGUUUUGUUUAGCAAACCGGCGCACGCAACUUCGCCGGAGGAAGCCGAAGAUUUGGUAUUUUUAUUUUUAUUUUUUUUUUAAUCGAACGUGCGCUCCGACCUUCCGCGAGAUCGGGGAAUUGUAGUGCGUGUGAGUAUCUUCAUCGUUCUUCCUCCUAAUGAUUCAUAAUAACAACCUUAUCCAAGCGCAACGGAUUACUACGGACGACAUAGUGAGUGCAAAUGAAUUUAGAUUAAGUGACAAAAAUAUAAAUCUCAAUUCGGGUAAUAACAACAAUAAUGAUACAUAUUUUGCGUGAAGAGGCUGUCACCGAAAUGAAUAUCACGUGGGCAAUAUUAUUUUUCGAAACAACGUUUCGCCCACGUUCGUUUCAUUUUCACUCAAGCAUUCCACUAUAAUUUUUCAAGUUCGUUAAACAGAUAGUCUCGGUAGGAUACUUUCCGAGCGUGUAUCAAUAUUCUUCGUGCGUAACGUCCGCAGCGUGUCGCCGCCUUUUAUUGCUCCAGCGCGGAAUACGCCGAACCAAUUUAGCGAUUGUAGCUGGAAUAGGCAAUAGAGGAUAAGUACCCUAGUUUAUACGGCGAUCUUACCGCGAUCGGCUGUAAUCGAGCGCCCUUACGGCUCUUAAUAGAAACGCUUCCACGUGCGCUCGUAUACGUUAUAGGGCCGUUCUCUCGGGGAAGGGGCUCUCUCGGAAGGCACGUAUUGAGAAUCGCUGAUCCUGAUGCUUCCAAGAACAAGGGACAGGUGACAAGGGGGAUCCAGACGCGAGCAGACAUAAGAUACCUUUCCCGAACUCGACAAAAAGAAGCACGAAACGAUGCUGAGCCUACGGCGAAGACACUCUCGGUGGAGAAUGUUCUCCGUCUUACUGUUCCUCGGAUUAAUCUGCAGUGGUGAGCUAACGCCCGUUCGUGUACCUGAUGAAACAACGACGACGUCAUCGACACCAAAAAAGAAGGACAUUGGUUCUCUGAGCGACUAUUGGCAAGCGUGGCUCCUGGUGGACGCGCAGGGCGCCUACCAACCCGGUCUGGACUCGGCUACUCUUUUGCGAAGGAUAACGCCGAAGAGCGUGUUCAUCGCGCCGGUGUUACCCGCCUGCGCGGAAGGAUAUCACGCUGACAAGAUGGGUAGGUGCGUGAAGAGUAUAAGACUUAACGCGACCGCGCACAAGGAUUUCAUCCUGGAACGACUUAAAAUUAUGUUCGGUAAUACGCAAACCUCGAAGAACGAUCAAAAAAAGUCAACCGGUCCUCUGCAGCUCAAUAUACCUCUGAUACCCAACGUCGAUCGUCAGUCGACGAAGAUCGAAAUCGACGAGGUGUUCUCGGACGUCGCGGUCCCGACUCGCAACGAAACCUACUUCGCAGGAGAUGAAGAGAAGACGAAGCCGCACAAGAUGAAUCAAUACGAAGUGAAGAAUAACACAACUCUGGACGAGGAGGAGUCGACGUUUUUUCUUGAGAAUUCCAGUAUUGACGAUAUUGAGAAGAUUGAUCGGAAAUCUUCAACGAUGGUUCCGGUAACGGUAGCGGAAUUGGUCGACGAGACGAACGACACCUAUUUCUCAGAAGUGGUGGACUACAAAAUCCCGAUAGACUUGAAGAUAUUGUUAAAUUCUUCGAGCAUGAAGAGGGUCAAUGUGAGCGAUGGCGUAGAAGAAAACGUCUCGAUGGCGGCGAAGCGGGAAAACUCCACUGAAACGUCGCCCGCACUGGUGCUGCUAAUCUCACCUACAAAAUUGACAAACGUAGUAGACGAUACGUCGUUGACACAGAAUACCACCGAACAAAUGAUACAGACGUCCAACUUCACCUUGAACGCCACUACUAUCGCUACCACUACCGGAGGGAGCAUUAUCGUUGGCAUAUCGGACUCCCCACCUCCACCCGCAAAACAAUUGACGUCGACCUCGUUGGAUGAGCAACGAGAUAACGAGACAUUCGCAGAAGACGAGCUGACGCCGGAGACUUCAAAGCCGAACGAGUCGCAGGAAACGGAGUUUGUCUACGAUGAGGAGGAGGACGACGCGGAUUACUCGUACAGCACGGACGAGCCGGAAGAAGACGAUUCGGCUGAAGGCGAGGAGCUCCUGAAGCAUGGAGAAGCCGGCAUGACAAUUCCCACGCUAGACGUCGAACGACUCGAUCGUCAUCAGCGGCAACGGAAUCAGACCACAGAUCAACAAAAGAAGACGCUCGAGGUACACGAUCAGGUCAUGAUUCGUUUUAAUGAUUCCGCGCCUGCGGAGGACAAGGACGAAGUGGAGAGCAAUAUCUCCAGCGAAGUCAGCAUUGACGGUGACUUCAUUCUGGAGACGACGCUCUUGGACGUGAACACCGAGAAGCUGCAAGUCACCACCACCAAACCGCCGGAAGUGUUAGAAAAAAUCAUCAAGAACAACGAGGACGGCUCCAAAGAAUCGUUCGGCAAGAGUCCCGAUGUCGUACCGGAAGUCGUAUUUUCCCAAGACGCCCAUAGCGCGGUGUCCACCAACUCGCAUGAACGCGAGCGAAUCGACCAGCUCUCCACGAGGAUUGAAAAUGAUAGGAACGAAGAGCUGGAAACCGCCUCUUCUUCAUCCGAGCCCCUGUUAUACGACUCGCCGGAGGAAGAUCCGAUAACCGAUAGUCGUACGAUCAACGAGAAACGAUCGCAUGCCAAAGAGAGCGUACUACAGGAAACUCGGAAGGACUCCCAGUCAAACGUUCCAGCGAACAGCUCCAAACAGACUGCGAUAAAUUUCGACUCGAGCGAGGAUUUCGUGAGAUUUCCCGAUUACGUGAGGCAGCAAGGUAGUUACGUGAGGUUCCCAUCUAGCGAAGCGAACAGCAUACACAGUCUGAGUUAUAAGCAGAAUUCGCGCUAUCCCGCGGACGACGUUAGCAGCACCAGCACCAAGAGCAGCGUACCCAUUCGCCAGAAACCAGUUUGGUUUCCCUAUCAAGCGGCGCCGAAUUGGAAGCAACUCGAUCGCGUCCAGGUGAUGGCCAGCGAGAGGCAGAAUCGGAGACCGGAUUUGAUGCGUGUCUGGAGUAAAAUGCCGCUAAUCAGGGACCCGACUAACUACCGCGUUUAUCAGGACCAGACGACCGACAACGAUCAGGAACAAUCUUACAAUCGAUUUUUCCGGGCGCGAUCGUCGCGGAGAUUGAGUCCCAUCACGGAAAUAUCGCCGGAGAACAGAGUGCCAACACAGAAGCGGAGGACGCCAAUCAGCGUGUAACUGUCCUUAGUCGCCUUCGCUCUUGAAAAAAAAGUCUAAUUGUGUCUGAAAUGACUCGGAAAGAAUUCGGAAAUUGCGUCAAUGUAGUUCGCGAAUCGUCGCCGCGCUUCACUACCGUACAAAGAUUUCGAAACAGUAAGAUCGAUGAGGAGAAUUAUUGAUAGAAGAUAUGCAGCAAUGUGUGUUUGAGAAGUUCAAGAAUCGGUACCAUGUGUAUCGCACCUAGUAUUAUUUUUUUUUUUAACUCAGUGAAUGUAUUGCGACUCGUUGAAGACUUGCGAUCUCGAAAGGAGUGAGCUGAACUCUCCUAAGUAUCUUCCCUUCUAAGCUUUCGUGUGAGAAAAGGACUGGACUCGCUAAGAGCGGAAGGAAAUUUAGAAGCGUACUUAGACAUUUGUUUAUUACGUUCGCAUCACACGCGACAGUAUCGAUAGACGAUUAAGCUCACAUCCGGGAAAAAUCCUUUCGAGGAAAAUUUUCACAAAUGCGUCUUGAUAAUAUUUAUGCUACGCAGUUAGUAGUGAUAAACACUGGAUGGAGAAAGUAGCGAGGGAGUAGCAGGUAGUAUACUGACGCAAAAGAUUUGCGCAAUCGAUGAUGGAUUUUGUCGCGUUAAUCAGACGCGCAGCUUUCUAUGGAAAGUUCGAACUGUGCAUCGUGCAUUUCAAAAUAAAGACACCGAUAAGUGUAAUUUGCGAACUCAUUACAUUUGGUGGUAGUGAGAUAUUGAAUGAUUGCGUGAAAAAAUGCGCCACUGUUUCGAACGACAAAAUCGAUCGAGAUGACCGAUUUGUUCGAACUGAUAUUAAGUAGACUAACAUUUACGAAGCAAGCAAGCGAAAGCUAAGAUUUUCUACCAGAAUACGCUGAAAAACAAAGUAGAAGAAACACUGCCCGAAAUAACUUAAAUUUUUUACGAAAGGUUUUUUUACACUUUUUCGACUAUAGAAAUUAAUAACAAUCCGCAUUUUCGUCGCAUUGAUUUUACAUGUGUGACCUGUAUUCCUACAUUUUUAAGAAUUAUUUUAAUAAUUAACCCUCUAAUUAAAUUUUAUCUAUGACUCCAUUUUAAAUGGUAAUUUUAUUGUUUUAGUGUGAAAAAAUGGACUUAAUAAAAAUGAAACACUCGCACAGAAUACUAAAUAUGCGGCGAAGAUGGGGAAUAAUAAAUUCUUGAUACAAAAUAUAUCGCUGAUUAGGCAUAAUGAAAUAGUCAUUAAUUGAGCUAAGUUUCGUGCGAAAUAUCGUUGAUGAAUCUUUAUUCUCUGUGCGGCAGAGAGAGAUAGUUAUUAGACUCGUCAGUGUUAACACUAAUUUUGAGAUAAGCACAUUGAGAAAAAAAGUUAAUUUGACUAAAUUUUUUCAAUUCAAGCAUUUAUGUAUUUCAGUUAAAUAUAUAAAUACUUGAGUAAAAUUGAUGUAUUUAAAUUAAAUAAAUAAAUACUUGAAUUGAAUGAAUUUAAUCAAGUUGAAAAACUUAGUCAAAUUAACAUUUUUGUCUCAAUGCACAUACGACGUUUACGAGCUCGCGAAUGAUAUGUCGAGCUCCAUUUACUAACGGAAGUGUUAUUGGAGCAGACUGAGCUUUAGAGUUAUCAUAGAGUAGUCGAUUUUCGGUCGUACGAAAUUUUGGAAAUCGUGUUGCUAUCUUCAAUAAAUGAACAUACAUCCACAUCAAUUUCCUGCUCGCCGUUGUAAGAUUUGCAGAGAGGAACGUAGGAGCCGUUUCAAUUCAUGACCUUUAGCAGAUUCUUAAAUAAUUCAAUUUUAUAUAUACAAACGGACGUAUUAGACAUCUUUUUGAAGAUCAAUCACAAAUUACAGCUACAUUAGCCAGAGCUCACAGCGUAGAAUAAGUGUUUUCGGUGUGACUUAAUCGAUCGUUGUUUCACGUCAAUGGCUUCCAAAGUAAUUUCGCUCGAAACAGCGAAAUUAAUGGUCGAAAAGUGAUUCGAAAAGUUUUUACUGUAAUACGCUUUGCCUUUCAUUCAGGCAAAACAAUUGCAUUUGGACGGCGACAUCAUCGUCAUCGAUACCGUUAUAAUAAAUGCUCCGGCUACAAUGUGACAUGCCAUAAAUAAGUUUACUUACUAAUGCUUCAAAGCUUUAUGUAGCAAUUAAAGCUUUUUUAUUUAAAUAAUAAUUAUAAUAUAACAAAAAUCAACACAUAGAAUACUUUCAUUCAUAAAUUGCAAAAAUCUCCGUAAGUUUAUUUUUAUUAGACGUAAAUUAGGUAAAUAAUUUAGAGUACGCUAUUAAAUCAUGUCAUUUUAUAAUAUUCUCGGAAGCUCUAUUUCCCUUAAGAGCAAAGAAUUUUAAAAAAUAUAGACAAUAUUUAGAUCAUCGACAAAUGUAAUACUAAUUAAACAGUUUUUUUUUAUUGAAAUAAUAUAUGAAUAUUCUUGUUAAUCCUGUUAAUACUCAUAUAUUAAAAUUUAGCGGUUAACUUUAGCCUGUUGCAUACAAUGCAAAAAAGCCGUAGCUUUUAUUGUAGCGGGUGUCACUCCGUCUCUCGACAUUUCGAAUCGGAUAUUGUUAUUUCUACGCGUGUUUUCCGCUACGGAUGCGACAAUGAAGCCAAAAGUUUUUACGAGAUAGUUGACAUUGUACGGCCAGUAAGUCUACUGAUCUACAUGAGUUUCAAUGUGGUGUGUAAUGUCUCUCGUACUAUUGAAUGUCGAUUCGUGUACAUAUUAAUUUUUAUCAUUGAAGAAUGUAUAUAUGCAUAGAGGCAUAAUGUAGGCAUAAUAUAAAUAAAUAAGUGUUAACAGCAGCAGCACAGUCUCACAGAUUGCGUAUUAAUCGUGUAUUAAAUCUUAUUGUAUUAUUUAUAGCGAAAUAUAUCGAUGUAUAUUGCAUUUGUCGUGUUGUGCAAGGCCGCCUGUUAGAUAACGGAGUGAAAGGAGUUAUAAAAAAAAACUGCAUACGACACCCGUAUGAUACCAAA